AUGCCUCAUUACGAUGAAGCUCAUGCUAAGCCGAAUGGCCCUGGCGAUGCGCGCCCAACAGCCUUGCAGAUCAUCAAAGACGAGAACCUUGAGAACAAACUCAAAGGUGAGGUCAUUGUCAUCACUGGUACCUCCUCUGGCAUCGGCAUUGAAACCACUCGUGCCCUGGCCAGCACUGGCGCCAUUCUCUUUCUCACGGCCCGAGACACGAGCAAAGCCCAAUCCGCCCUUGCUGAUAUCCUCGAACCUUCGCGUAUGCACAUUAUCGAGAUGGACCAGGCAAACCUCUCUUCCGUACGUGCCGCCGCCGCCGCCAUUCUUAGCAGGACUCCUAGAGUCCAUGUACUCGUGAACAAUGCCGGUAUUAUGGCAAUUCCCGACUUUCGCCUUACGGCAGAUGGCCACGAACUUCAAUUCGGCACAAACCAUCUGUCGCAUUUUCUGUUCUACAAGCUUCUAGAGCCCGCUCUUCUCGCAGCCGCCUGCUCCAGCCGCCCAUCUCGUGUCGUCAGUCUCGCUUCCUCAGCGCACAACGUCUGCGGGAUCAACGACUCCAACAACUACAACUUCCAGAAAGACCAUUACGACCCCAGCGUAGCGUACGCCCAGUCAAAAACUGCAAACAUAUACAUGGCCAACGAGAUUGAGCGCCGCUAUGGCUCGCGCCAUCUACACGCCACUAGCGUCCAUCCCGGCCUCGUUCAGACGGGGCUGACGCAGCAUAUGCCCCCGGACGCAUUCAAAGGUAUGGAACAUUUGUAUCCCACCAUGAAGAGCGUCGAACAGGGUGCUGCAACAUCGGUAUGGGCGGCGAUCGGCGAAACAUGGAAGCACAGGGGCGGCAAGUACCUCGUCGACUGCGCUGUUGCGGAGCCAUACAAAGAAGGCGAUGACAAGUACACUGCGCUUGGUUAUGCUCCGCAUGCUUACGAUGUGGAGAAGGCGGAGAGGCUGUGGAACGACUCGCUCAAGCUUGUGGGAUUGCCGAGUGAUGAGUGA